AUGGAUCCUAUAUUAUUAUCAUUGAAGCUAAGCUGUCGGCUUGUAUUUCUCAUGAUAAUCACCGGCAGCUGCUUACAUUCAAGUUCACCCACGACUUCAUGUCUUAAUAUGGCAGAACGAUCAAAAUGGAAUCGUUCCUUUCACUUUAAUAAUCGUGAACUUCGUCUUAAAUUGGAAGUGACAAAUAGACCAUCACAUUGGAUUAUCAACUAUAUAUUUGAGAUAUUAGCACGUGAGAGACUUGGUUAUCAGUCAAUUGAAUUCAUUAAACAGAAUAUGGAUCAUCCAUAUCAAGCAAUAAGUAGGCUAGAUUGUAAAGAUGUCAAUUGUUUCAAAAUACCUGAAGUUCAUAUCAAUCUUGAAUUAUGGUUAUCUUUGGGAACGACAACAAACUUUUGGAUACCACACAACAGAGUAAUUGAUAAUGGACCUUUAGGCCCAGUAAAUCGAUGGGCUGUUUCAUCUGAAGAAGGCUUUGUUUCACAACUGUCCAAAUUGAUGGAGUCACCAGAAAAAGAAAGUAAUUGUCAGAAUACAUCUCACUCAACUGAUCAACCGGUCAAUGCUCAAAAUGAGGAAUGUGAUGCAAAUCUGUGCUCGCCUUCCGAUUUUGUUAAUGAGUUCAUUCGUUACUUCACUGGAUCAGAUAUUAUUUCUUCCAAGUCAUCUUCACAUUCCUCCUCGUCCUCCUCCUUCUCCGCUGACCAACAAUUGUCAUCAUCUUCUACUACUAUGUCAAUCAUAGACUGGUAUCCUUCUCAUGGACCUGGUGCCUCUCCACUUCCUUCUGCUUUCCAUUUUCCUGUCAAACAAAACCAAAUAAAUUCAACAGUGUCACAGGUGGUUGUAUUUGAUACUAUACAUCGCUGUACUAGUCAGCUGGAUUCAACCAUACUAGACAAUAAUCAUCAACAUCAAGAUGUCAAGAAAAAAUCCUUUUGUCGUUUCGAAUCCCAACAAGCAACUAAAUUAUCAUGGGCUAAACUAAAGAGCACAGUUCCUUUAAUUUAUCAAUUAGUUGAUCGAAUGCAUUUUUCUCAAUCAGAAUAUGAAGAUUUAUUAAAGUCUGCAAACAGCUUAAAUCCUAAUUCCGGUGUUGAUAUACAGUCUCACUAUCGAGAUGUUGCUUGCAAAUGGAUUCGUUUAUCUCCAACACGUUGGUCCUCAUGGACUGAAGGAUGGAAUAAAAAACAAAAUCUUACUAUUGCUGGACUUUUCUCUUUCUACGGAAAAUGGGUUGUUUCCAAUUUGGAUCAUGUCGCUCAGCAAGCCAUCAGUUUUGUGAAUAAUAAUCCGGAUUACUUUAGCAAUACUGAAUAUGCGUUAACACUGGAUGUGCAUAACUUGACCUGUUCUCAAGAUGUUGUAUUGAAUGAUUAUUUUGAUUUAGUAACAAAAUCAAAAGAUCAGAAAAUUAUUGGAGUUAUUGCUGCUCUGUGCUCUGAUUCUAUAGAGCCUGUUGUUGAAGUGGCUAAUAUGCGUCGUCAAAUUGUUGUCAGUCCAACUGUUGAAUCAGUUCGAUUUGCUAGACGUCGUCAAUAUCCAUAUUUCUUUCGAACUGUUCCUUCAAUGACACAUGUAAGCUUAAUCUUGAUCCGAUUAUUUAACUAUUGGGGUUGGCGUCGUGUUGCUGUCUUUCGAGAAGAUGAUCACUUUUUUGAUCCGUUAGUGUUUCAAUCCAAUGGUAUUGAACUGAUCGCUGAUUUUGUAAUGAAAGAGAAUCAACUGACCUAUAUCACUGUGUACCAGGGUUUAAAACUCAUGAAUGAUCGUAGAAGUCGUAUAUUUAUGAUCGAAUAUUUCGCUAAAGGUACUGCUCUCAUUCUAUGUGCAGCAUAUCACUUAGGAAUGCAUUUUGAUUCAGGCUAUGUGUGGUUUUUAAAUCCAUGGCUUUCUGGGAAUUGGUGGCAAUCAGUAGACAUACAUCCACCAGAGUGUACACGUGAUGAAAUGCUUAAUAUGACUGGUUGGACAUUUACUAUCGGUCAUCAAUUAAUUAUGGAACCAUUAAUGCAUAAACAAAAUACACAACGACAAAUUCAUCGACGUUCUUCUUCGUCAAGGGAAUAUAGUCGAAAAUUUAAACAUCCAUUAUACAAUGGAGGACAUGAUGUUGAUGCUGAUCAUAAUGAUGACGAUGAUCAGGAUUAUCAUUCAUCGUCAAAUUCUGCUGAAUCACAACGUUCAGUAUUUAGUACAAAAAGUGAAAAUAUUGAUUAUAUUGAUUCGUCGCAUGAUUAUGCAAUACAUACAUAUGAAUCAGUGAUUGUAUUAGCUACAGCCCUUGUACAUUUAUUACAUCAAAAUCCAAGUUGUAUCUCCGUUUUUGAUACAUCCACAUCAAUAGCUGAAACAUAUAAAGAAUUAAUUGCUGAAACAGAUUUUCACUAUACAAUUUCAUCAAAAUUUAUCAUCUUGGAUAAUUCAACAUCCUCGUCAUCCUCAUCCUCAACAACAUAUACUCAACCGAUGAUUUCACUAGACACAGAUUUUCGUUAUGUUCACAAGAAAAAGGAUAAUAAUAAUAAUAACAAUAAUAAUAAUGGUAUCAAAUCAGCUCAAUUAAGAUUUAAUCCGUUUAAUGAACGUAUUGCCGAUUAUUGGUUAUUAAGACAAUAUCAAGUCAAUCAGAGUAUACCUAUUGUGUUGUGGAGUUUACAAUCAGACUUAUUAAACAAUGGUGAAACUGAGACUGACCCUAACGGUGAUGGUGAUGUUGAUGCUGCAUUCAUGAGAUCUUUACUCCUGGAUACAUCCGAUUUAUCUGCAUUUGUAACUUCUGAACAUUUUAGUCAGCUAAUGGGUGAACGUUGGUUAAAUGAUGUCAGUUGGAGUAGUAGUAGGAAUAAUGGCAAUAAUGGACGACCUCCACAUGAUGGAUCAGAAAAUCAAGAUGAUUGUACAUUUGGAGUGAUUAGUCGACUAUUUGGUGUGAAUUGUACAGGUUCUACAGUGAUUGUAACAAUAUCAAUAGUUAUUACUGUUGUUAUAUUAUGUUUUAUUCUGUUUAUUGUGUAUUAUCGACGUAAAUUAAAGCAAACACAACUACGAAUUCGUCAACCGUAUGAAAAUUUGUGUAAUGAAUUAAAGGAUAUUGAUAUUCCGUCUACCGACAUCGUUUUAAAUCGUCGUGUUGGUCAAGGUGCAUUCGGUAUGGUAUACGGUGGUGAAGCAAAGCGUAAUGGUCGUUGGGAAGCUGUUGCUGUGAAAGUUAUUGGGAAUAAAGCGACAUACGAGGGGAAAACAGAUUUCCUGUCAGAGGCUAAAUUAAUGCGAAGUUUAGACCACCGAAAUAUUGUCCAUUUAAUUGGUAUUUGUUUAUAUCCAAAAGAAAAUCAUUUAUAUUUAAUUAUGGAGUUUAUGCUAAAUGGUGAUCUCAAGACGUAUUUAUUAUCACGUCGUGUUCUAGCUCAACAAAUGCCAGAGCAUGAAGGUAUUUGUCCAGCUACACUGACAGGUAUGGCAAUUGAUAUUGCAGAGGGUUUAGCUUAUUUGCAUCGGAAAAAUCUAAUCCAUCGGAUAUCGCCUGUCGGAAUUGUCUUGUCGGUUCAGACGGUGUUGUAA